AUGUUUCGUUUGCAUAUCUAUAUAUAUUGCAUAGACUUCUGCUAUAUAGAGGAGCUAAACGGAGCAUCACGUUCAUUUUGCAACCCGAGCAAUAGGCAAUAUCCAUGUGCACCGGGUAAGAGCUACCAUGGUCGUGGUCCGCUCCUACUAUCAUGGAACUAUAACUACGGACAGUGUGGCCAGAAUCUCGGUCUCGACCUUUUACGCCAGCCCGAGCUGGUCAGUAGUAACCCAAUUGUGGCCUUCAGGGCGGCUAUGUGGUUUUGGAUGAAGAGUGUGAGGCCUGUCCUGAACCAGGGAUUCGGAUCCACCAUAAGAGUUAUCAGCAGUUUGGAGUGUAACGGUGGUAAUUUAAAUGCAGUAAACGCAAGGAUUAAGUACUAUAGAGACUAUUGUGGACAGCUUGGUGUAGAUGCUGGUGCCAAUGUCACUUGCUGA